AUGCUAAGAUAUAGAAAUCACAUGGAAGGCCUAGGUAACAAGACAUCUACAUCUCCAACUUUCUUGCUGACUGGCAUUCCUGGCUUAGAAUCUGCCCAUGCCUGGAUCUCCAUUCCCUUCUGUUCUCUUUAUGGCUUUGCUAUCUUGGGCAACAGCAUGAUCCUCUUUGUCAUCAUUACCCAGCAGAGCCUCCAUGAGCCCAUGUACUAUUUUCUCUCCAUGCUGUCAGCCAUGGACUUGGGUUUGACAGUAUCUACAAUGUCAACAACUUUAGCUAUUCUCUGGUUUGAUGCAAGAAAAAUCAGUCUCGAUUCCUGCAUCAUCCAAAUGUUUUUCCUCCAUGGAUUUACUGUCAUGGAAUCUGGGGUACUGGUGGCUAUGGCUUUUGACCGCUAUGUGGCUAUCUGUAACCCUCUGAGAUAUACUACAAUUCUCACCAAUUCCAGAAUCAUCCAGCUGAGUCUAAUAAUGACUAUACGCACUGUGGUGUUAAUUGUAACAAUACUCGUGCUACUUAAGCGCCUUUCUUUCUGUAAAGCAAAUGUUCUUUCCCACUCCUACUGCUAUCAUCCAGAUGUCAUUAAAUUGGCAUGUUCAAACACUAGGCCUAAUAGCAUCUUUGGGUUAAUUGUUCUUACCCUGACAACAGGGAUAGAUACACCAAGUAUUGUUGUCUCUUAUAUCUUGAUCAUUCGCUCUGUUCUCAGUAUUGCCUCCCCUGAAGAGAGGCACAAGACCUUUAGCACCUGUGUUUCCCACAUCGGAGCAGUUGCUAUUUUUUACAUCCCCUUUAUAAGCCUGUCCUUGGUGCAUCGCUAUGGUCAUUCAGCUCCCAAAGUGCUUCAUUCAAUGAUGGCCAAUAUAUACCUGAUUUUGCCUCCUGUACUCAACCCCAUUAUCUAUAGUGUGAAAACAAAACAGAUUCGCAAAGCUAUACUCAGUCUUCUUACAAAUAAAUAG